AGUUUACAUACUGAUGAACUGGCACGUCCGGGAAUGGGGAUCGUAAUUCUGGGCGGGCCUCGACCUCGACGUAAUCUACAGAUACAGAAAAUACAUUUACGUGCGAUUUCUGCUCAUCACAUGUCUUCUCACUGCAUUCACAAUGCUAACCUGGGACGCCCUGCUCAUCGACGCCGGGAUCCCUCUCGCCCUCGAGCGUGGGAUCCACCCCGACCUCAAAACCGGCCGCCCAAUAGCACAAACGGAGAAUAGAGGCUACCCAGCAUACUUCGAGUCCCAUCUCAAUGACCUAGUCUUCGCCUCAGUCGUUCAGCUCGGCACCGAGAUCUCACCCACUAAGCAAAAACUACUCUCCUCAAAAAUCCUGAUGUGGAUCUUCCCACACACCUUCACCAUCUACUUGCUCCACGGCUUGAUCUUCUGAACGCUCGGCAGCUUGAUCGUGGUGCAGUUGAGUGCAGCGGGGGUGCCGUGUUGGGCUGCUAUGAUGGUAAAUGCGACGGCUUGUUGCGGGGCGCUGUUUCUUGUGUUGCCUAGCGACUGAAUCGUUGGGGAAGGGUGUUACGGGGACGCUGUGGCAUCUUGAGAAGGAGUUGCUGCCUAGUACGUAUCCGUAGGUGGGGUACUGAUCGUGCUAGUGCGAAUGACGAGCGGGUCGUCGAGAGCAGGUUCAGUGUUGAUGCGGAAGGUGGGAGGAGAGGUAGUAGCUGUUCUGGCUUUAGAUUAGAGUUGAGCAGAGUUCUUUUCAGCAUAUUUGUAG